AUGGCUGUUUCCCGCCUGCCUUAUUUGAUUUCAAGAUUUUUAGAGAUAAAGCAUCUAAAUAGUGACCCAGGAGUUUAUCCUUAUGAAGAUGUAAACAACCCUUUAAUUGGCGAAACCUUAAUGAAUGAUGAUCCAUGCACACUAGUAUUUAAUGCAAGCUUAAAUGGCCAAUAUAUUUCAGAUGGCUUUUAUCAAGUCGAAAUAUUGAUUAAUUCUCGUCUUUCACUGCCAAAUCCAAGCCAAAUUAAAAUUCUUCAUUGAACAAUGGCUCUACAAAAUCAGUCAAAAAUUAUUCUCACUAUACUUAAAGCGACUGUAAAUUCUGAAUCUUGUACUAACUCCUCCCCAUCCUUGAUCGAAACGAUUGACUGUAAAAAUUCCUAAAAAUUGGGGAAAUUAACCCCCAUCCUUGAUCGAACGAUUUUCAUAUCAUGCAAAUUUUUAUAUAUAUAAAAAUAUAUUAGUUAUCAAAAGCUUGGGAAGAUGUACCUAAUGUACCUAAUGAAAGUUGUUUUCAGAGCUUUGAGACGACAGAAAGCUGCGAAAUCAACCAUCCGAAGUGAUUUAGCCAUCAAUUUAGGCUUAAAAGCUCAAUAAUCUAAAAAAUAAAGAUUCUUUAAAAUUUAAAAAAAAAGUUUUAAUUCAAUAAGGAACAAAUUAAAAUUUAUACAGUUUUAAAAGGGUAAUUAAUAAAUCAAAAUAUUAAAAAUUGGUAUUUUAUGAAAUUAAUUCAAUCUUUUGUUGUAAAAAUAAUUAUUAAAUACUUUUAACCUUCUUAUUUAAAAGUAAAUAAAAACAAAUAUAUAUAUAUUUUUUAUUUUAUAUAUAAUUUUUUUUCCCAAAAAAAUGUUUUUUUAACCCCCUCAUCCUUGAUCGAACGAUGGCGAGUCGUUCGAUCAAGGAUGGGGCGAGUAAGGAAAGAAUUGAACCGAUUCCUAUCGAAGAUAAUCCAAUGAUAAACAGUUUGAUAUGGAAAAUUAAGUAUUUAAAUUUAGUUGAUAUAGUAUUCUUGGUAAAUUGCGAUUCCUUUAUAGAUAUAGUCGCUUAAAAACGGGGGGUUUAACUAUUCAUUACAGAUAUAAAAAUAGAUUUAAUAUUCCAAUCAUCGUCUCAAUUUGUAAAAUGGGGUAUAAUUACCCUCAAUCUCAAUAUGGGGCUACAUCUUUUUCAGAAAAUUCAGCAUUUGACGUUGAUAAUUUAAGCUGUUUAUACUGAUUUAGGUCUUGCCAAUGAUAAUUAAUAAUUUAUACUAUUCUUCACAAUAAAGUAUAUAUGAAAAUCCUAGAAGAUUAACUAUUUUAAAUGAAAAAGAAGAAAAAAUGCCUCUAAAAGAAAUUGAAAAUAAUAAUUUUGGAUUACCAAAUGAAGAUGCUUGCUCUCAUAUCAAUAAAAUUAUGGAAUACGACAGUUUAUUAGCUGGAAGCUUCUCAAAGGAAGAUUUAAUAAUUAGCAAAGAAGAAGAAUUCCAGCUAGCUCUAAAUGCAAUUGCAGAAAACGAAAAGCCAAAUAUCCCUAUUUUUCCUCCAUGAGCUAUUUUAUAUCUGAAAUACAAAUUUAGGGCAUUCUAA